UCUCAAACUGUAGCCCUCUAGAUGUUGCUAGGCAACUUACCGGCUUCUGUCGGAUCUAGGGAGCCAGCCGCAUGACAUGCCGCCCACCGAUCUCCGACACCGAUCGUCGCCUGCAGCCUCGCCCGCAGGCCAUCAUGCAUUUUAACUUGUUCAAGAAGGCUGAGCCUCCACCAGAAGCUCAUACAAUGGCAAGCACAACAGAAGCACCUAUUGUCUCACAAGAUAACACCACUGCAGUUGCUGGAUCAGGGGAUAAAAGUGCUGACACAUUCCGCAAAAUUCAACAGGAACUUAUGAAUCAAAUAAACAAGAUUCCAUUGCCUUCAUGGGCCAUCAUAGCUAUAGCAGUGGUAGCUGGGUUAUUGAUCAUCACAUGUUGCUUCUGUAUAUGCAAGAAAUGCUGCUGCAAAAAGAAGAAAGGAAAAAAAGAGAAAGGAAAAGGGAUGAAAAAUGCACUAAACAUGAAGGAUAUGAAAGGAUCUGGCGGGCAGGAUGAUGAUGAUGAUGCAGAAACUGGUUUAACGGAAGGUGAAGACAAGGAGGAUGAGGAAAAAGAAGAAGAGAAGCUUGGAAAGCUACAAUUUUCUUUGGACUAUGACUUUCAAAAUAACCAGAUCCAAGUUGGUGUCAUACAGGCUACAGAACUACCUGCAUUGGACAUGGGAGGAACUUCCGAUCCUUAUGUAAAGAUUUUCUUUUUACCAGAUAAGAAAAAAAAGUAUGAGACGAAAGUUCAUCGCAAAACACUUAACCCAAUUUUCAAUGAGACUUUCACUUUUAAGAUUCCAUAUCAAGAGCUUGGUGGAAAGACCCUGUGUAUGUCUAUAUAUGACUUUGAUCGAUUUUCUAAGCAUGAUAUUAUUGGAGAGAUAAAAGUUCCGAUGAACACUGUAGACCUUGGACAGCCAAUUGAAGAGUGGAGAGACUUGCAGAGUGCAGAAAAGGAGGAGCCUGAAAAACUUGGAGAUAUCUGCAUUUCUCUACGAUAUGUUCCAACUGCUGGAAAACUAACUGUCUGCAUUCUAGAAGCUAAAAAUCUGAAAAAGAUGGAUGUUGGUGGUUUGUCAGAUCCAUAUGUAAAGAUUCACCUCAUGCAGAAUGGAAAGCGUCUUAAAAAGAAAAAAACUACUGUAAAAAAGAAGACCCUGAACCCUUACUUCAAUGAGUCCUUUAGUUUUGAGAUUCCAUUUGAGCAAAUCCAGAAAGUGCAAGUUGUAAUUACUGUUUUGGACUAUGACAAGCUGGGUAAGAAUGAAGCAAUUGGCAAGGUCUUUGUUGGAUGCAGUGCCACAGGAACUGAACUUCGUCAUUGGUCUGACAUGCUGGCCAAUCCACGACGUCCCAUAGCUCAGUGGCACCCACUUAAGCCAGAAGAGGAAGUGGACCUAGCACUGGGCUCCAAGAAGUAAUGAGCCCUUUACACAUCUUUUUUCCCUUAUUCCUUGCUUUUGACCCUCACACUCUGCUAUGCAGACAACAAGCACCUUCUGCUAACCCCCAGGCUCUCCCUACAACACAGCAGCCAAGACUUAAUGAACACAUAAAGAAGUAUCAUCAAUGAAAAAGGCAGUUUUGGUGUACAUGUUUUUGAAGUUUCUUGGGGUCAACUUCAAAAUCAUAUUUGGGCUAUGCCUCACUCUUUUAUGUGUUCUAGGCAAUUUUAUAUUCUUACAAGUUAAAGAAAAACUGUGUGACAUAUUAGUCUUCCAAAAAUAUGUGUUUAAAAUAUAUUAAUAUAUACAGUCACCAUCAUUAACACAGUAAAUAGUGUAAAUGAAAUAUCCAUCUGCAUUAAAUGAAUAAUAGCUAAGAAAUAUACUUCAUAACUUUUUGUAGGCAUUUAUUAAGGAUUGAAAAACAGUUCAUAUGCUUACAACUUGAAGGAUGAAAGACAUUUCCUUAUGUUUGAUAUCAAAAGCGAGAUUCAUAUUUCCUGUAGUAUGUGUACACAUUAUACUUAACUAUGAGGUCACUACAACAAGAUUAACCUCACAAUGGUUACUCUUUUGUUUUUGCUGUAUUUUAAUGAGAGUGCUACAUUGGCUCUCAUUUACUCUUGUUCAUUGAAAUGUCUUCCAACAAACCUCUUCACAAAGAUGUAACAAGGUAAAGUGCAUACUCACCAACAUAAUAUUGCUUAUUAGGAUGUACACCAAUAUAACAUGGCAAGACCUGGUAGACAUAGUGAAAUAGCUAUUACAAUAAUUAUGGUAAUGACACUACUUAAUACUUACCGGGCAACAGAAAAUAUUUAAAAUGCUGCACAAAGCCAUUGGUUGUUGUAAAUGGACAGAAGAAGAGGUGGCCUAUAAGGAUGACACAGGUCAGAGCAGUUAUGUUUUUAGAAUUUAGAUAAAAAAGUAUAUUUUGAUUUGUAGAUCUGUAGAUCAAAAGUUGUCAACCCAAAAUAGCGACAACUAGCAUAAAGCAAGGAAAAAGUGUCUCCUGUAAGUGUUACUAUGAAAGAUAACAAAGGUAAAAAUAAUUUGUUUAUUUUGUCACUUUGAUGUAUUUUUUUAUUUUUAGAAAUAUAUUUUCUCUAUUUCAUAGAUAAUAUUACAGUUUAAUGACAAAGAUUGUGGUGAGUUUAGAAAAUAAUUCAGACUUGAUAAAGAUAAAUGGGCUAAGCAUACUAGAAAUACAUCUAUGUAGACUUCAGAUUAAAGGGGUACUCCACCCCUAGAUAUCUUAUCCCCUAUCCAAAGGCUGCAGCACCCCAGACAUCCAACUAGCGAUGCGGGGCGGAGGCUCGUGACGUCACGGUCACGUCCGCUCGUAACAUCAUAGCCACGCUCCCUCAAUGCAAGUCUAUGGGAGGGGGCAUGGCCGUUACGUCACAAGCCUCCAACGCUCUCAAUCAACGCCAGGUGCAGCAGAGAGGUUGCGGGGGUCCCCAGCAACAAGACCCCUGCGAUCAGACAUCUUAUCCCCUAUCUGAGUACCCCUUUAAUCUAUUAUGCAUAAAAAACACUAAGUUUAAAUACAUUAUUUAUGUCUGUAAGUUAGCCAUAGAAGAGUUUAUUGAUAUAUUAAAGGAAAUCUGUCACCAGUGUCACCUGCACUAACCUGUUGGUACCGACAGAUAGUGCAGGUGACACUGAUGACAACGGUACUUACCUUGUCCCAUUCCAUGGCGGGGAUCUUCAGUAAUUUCCUCUGUUAGCUCUAGUCCCGGCAGCCGGCUUGGCGCACGGGCGGAGCUUACUGAUGUCACCGCUGCUGCGAGACGCUGCAGAGAGCAGCUGCGGCUUGGGGCAUGGGCGGAGCUUAGUGAUGUCACUUCUGCUCCCUGCUGGGUCCCGCUGUGAGAGAACAGCAGCAGUGAUGUCAGUAAGCUCCACCCAUGCCCCAAGCCGGGUGCCCAGAGCGGAGCUAAUGGAGGAGAUUACCGAAGAUCCCCGCCACUGAACGGGACAAGGUCAGUACCGUUGUCAUCAGUGUCACUUGCACUAUCUAUCGGUACUGACAGGUUAGUGCAGGUGACACUGGUGACAGAUUUUGUAGCUCAACACUUAAAGUUAUAAGUUCUUUUUAGCUUUUAUGCACUAUUUAUACAGCAAUUGCUUAGAAAAGAAGAUUUACAUAUGUAUUCCUGCUGUUUUUCCUGUUAAGUCAUGUAGGAAAAUGCAAACUGACUACUUUGUAGGCCAUCAGUUUGAAUUCUUUGCACAAGCACUACAGUUCAGUGUUUGCUUUGUGGACUUCAUGUCCCAGGGUGCACUGCACUACUGGAGAUAAUCAUCAUUGGCCAUGCAUGGAGAGCAGAGCAGUGAGCUAUUAUUCCCUACUAUGUUUCUCCCAGACCCGGAUGAGAAUCUACUUGCUCCUGUUAUUAGAUUAGAAACAGAUUAUUGUUGGCACUCAUGAAGCUGUUAAUGUAAUAAAAUAAAAGGUACUUACAAAUAUUUAAAGGACGUCUGCAGCCGUUUGACACUUAUCCCCUAUCCACAGGAUAGGGGAUAAGUGCUUGAUCGUGGUGGGUCCGACCACUGGGACCCCCCUGAUCUUCUAAACGGGGCUAAUGAGUGCUAAUGCGCGUAGCGUCAACCUGAGAGGUAGACGGUUACGCCCCCUCCCCACCCCGUCCCCAUACAGUUCUAUGGGAGAGGCACGAACACUGCCUCCCCGCCUCUCCUAUAGAGUUACAUGGAUGAAGCGUGUCGACUGCAACGUCAUACUGCGGCCGGCACUCCUCCUGGAUGGGAGACCCGCAGCCCUGUGCGGGGGGGCCCCAGUGUUUGGACCCCCUACGAUCAAACACUUAUGCCCUAUACUGGGGAUAAGUGUUAACGGGCUGCGGAUGUCCUUUAAAGCAUCUUACAACCUGCCUUAUUUUUAUAGUCUUCAUUGAAUUGGCAAAAUGUGCUAAUAUAUAGAACAAUUUAAAUGUACCUGUGAUUUAAAAAACAAAACAUGUUUCUGAGACAUGUCAAAAGUUUUUGUCAAAAGUUUUGAUCAUUUGGGGUUUUAAUGCAAAGACCCCCACGAUCAUUAGGAUCAGAGAAGCACCCGCCUGUGUGCUUCAUCUCCUGGAUUGCAUUGUUCUCUGACCAGUUGCACAAGAUGGCUCCAUUAGAAGUCUAUGGGACCAUUUAGUGCAACUGGACAAAGAUCCCAGCGAUCAAAGCUUUCUUCAUGUCUCUGUGACAUGUCAAAAGUUAUUUUUUUAAAGGGACACUGUAAUACAAGCUGAAACUGAUACUAAAAAGAUAUAAGGCUUUACUCACCCCUAAAUUGAGCCCUGCUGCCAUUAUAGUGUCCACAGCUAGGCUUGCUGCAGUGACACCAAUUGUUUCCGUGAUGCUGCAGUCUAUCACUGGUCUCAGCAAUCACAUGCUGUACGUGCAUGAAGAGAACACUGAGGCCACUGAUUGUGUCUUUUUAUUACUAUUACUACAUACACAUUAUACAAUCUGUAAAAUGUUGUCAAAAAACUGUCUGUAGGGUGCAGUUUAAAGCAUAUGCUGCAAUUUAUUUUAACAACUUUGUUUUGCAGCCAAAAUCUUCUUAUUGGCUAUCGUUUUAAAAACGUUUUGCGCAACUACAGAAUACAUAUGAAAAAUGUUUGUAACACAAAGUAUGACUUGAAUGCUGCACCUUUUUGAGGUGUCACCAAAGAGUGUUAGAGACAGAUUGAAAAAUGUGUUUUCAUUUUUGUAUUUUUGUUAGGGCUGUAACUAAAAGGCCUUUUAUUUAAGCACUUCGGGGAGAAUUUAUCAUUGUAUGUAUACUAUAUUUUGACUCUAAAUGUGUCUCUAGAUUUAAUGCAAUGACUUUUUAGCGACUUUUCAAGCACACAAUUUUCUCAUGAUUGUGCAGGUAUGUCAAAAUCAAGCUGUUUUUCUGCAGUGGUCAUGAAUUUAUUUUGUGUGACUUUUGGUGAAAAGUCGCACAAUUUUUUGCAGAGCCCUCAAUUUGUCGCAGCUCUACAGCCCUGACCUGGCUUACAAAACUGGCUGUGGAAAGCAGAAAAGUUGCAGAAAAAGUUGUAAAGGGGGAACCAUACAAAGUAGUGUACUCAAGUGUAAUUCAGAAAAAAAAAAGAAGUGUACUAGCACCAUAUUUAUCACUUGCCAUGCAACCAAUUAAUAAAUUUGGUGCACGUACACAUUACCAACACACAAAUAGUAGAAAAAAUAAUAGAAAAAUCAUUCCCCUACACCACCCUUGAUAAAUUCUCCCCUUUGAGUUUUAUGAAGACCUUGCUCUGUUUUAAAUUUAUAUAUUUUCUUUUACAGUUAGAUGCAGUUCUGGAUUCCUUCAUCCAAAACAAAGCUUCGAGUACUCUGCUGCUCAGCGUUUGGAACGCUGGAGCCAGUGCCGGGAGAUCGUGACGUCAUAGCCCUGCCCCUCAUGAUGUCAUGCCCCGCCCCCUCAAUGCAAGUCUAUGGGAGGGGGCAUGCCGGCUGUCACGCCCCCUCCCUUAUCCUUGCAUUGAGGGGAUGGGGUGGGGCAUCAUUAGGGGGCGGGGCUAUGACGUCAUGAGCUCCCAGCACUGGCUCCAGUGUUUGGAACAGUCUGUUCCAAACGCCGAGCAGCAGAGUAUCCCUUUAAGGUCCUUACGUGGUUAUUAUUGCCCCAUGUAAAAUGCCCUGCAGUCAGCUGAUCUCAUCUUUUAUACAGGUAUAUAGAACAUCUUCCUGUGUAAAUAGGCAAUGUGCUGCCAACAGUGAUGGAAGUGAAUGGCUACAUGAAUGAACCAUUACUCCUGAUAAAUACCCAAUGUAAAUUGCCCUUUCCACAAGUACAGAUCAAGGUGAAUACAGUAGACUAUGCACAUCAAAGGUGUAUUGUGCUUACCAGCUUCUUUGGUGUCUUCAUGGUUCCACUCAGACCGACCUAGACAGACAGACUACUGCGCAUGUGUAAAAAAAAAAAAUUAUUGUGCCCAAUUAAAGAAGGGAUUGAACCGUACAGUGAAACAAUUUAAUAUGAUUUGCAUAGACAAUGAUGUUAAAAAAACAGAUAAAUAAAAAUUUGUUUUUUAAUCUGAACAAAAAAUCUUCCAUCCGACAAAAAAUCGGGCAAAAAAUGUAAAUGGACUAAAAUGGGUGCAUGUGUUAGAUACGAUUUGUUAAUAGAAGUCAAUGGAUAUGUCUAGAUAUACGACUCUAUACAAUUUUCAAGGAUUGUAUUGUAUGAAUUCAAUGGAUAUGUCAAGAUGUGAAUGCAGCCGUAUUGUAUUAUGUUGGCAAACUAAUGGUGUUAAAUAUCCUUCAUUUCAAAAUAACAUUUCAAGCCAUAAAAAUACCGAAAAGUCAAGAAAUUCAAUGUUCAAAUGUGAUUCAUUGUAGAACUAAGGCCUGGUUCAGCAAUAUAUUUUACUUUACGCUUGGAUUAUAAGAAAAUGGAGUUUAUUUAUUUUCUUUUUGUAAUUGUUUGAUUUUUUUCAGUACUGUUUGAAGAAACAGUCAAAAGUAAUAAUAGACAGAAGUAGUGAAACAGAAGGUGGAGUGUAUUUUUUAAUUUAUAAAGAUAAUAAAGAUAAAAUGCUAUAGGAGCAAGGCAAAUAAUUGUACAUGAAUGAAGAAAGGAGACAGAGAAAAGCAGCUAUAUUAUGCAUGCUAAGCACUGUGGCACAUACUUCACAUUCUCUAUGUUCAAAUAAGUGUAUGGGUGGUUAGGAAUUGAAUGUAUGUUUGAUAUAUUGUAUAUAGUAUGCAUGUAACAAUUUAUACAUAACAGCAUGGGGCAUAGGUGUGUGCUGCACAUAUUGAGUGAGACCAAAAAUUUACUCAUCUUUUAACCUGUUUACUGCCAUGAUACAUUUCUUGUUAUCUCAAAUAUCAUAGUGAACAUUAGGACAAAGAACAUUCACAUGUACUGUGUAACCCUUAUUUUGUCAUUGUAUAAACAGGUUUCCAAAAAGGCUAUUUAAGCAUUUACCUUCACUGUUACAUGUGCCUGUUUUUAAUGAAAAAUGUGCACCAUUCUCAUUUUAAAGUGGUAUUCCAGGAAAAAACUUUUUUAUAUAUAUAUCAACUGGCUCCAGAAAGUUAAACGGAUUUGUAAAUAACUUCUCUAAAAAAAAUCCAAUAAUUAUCAGCUGCUGAAGUUGAGUUCUUUUCUGUCUGGCAACAGUGCUCUCUGCUGACAUCUCUGCUUGUCUCAGGAACUGCACAGAGUAGAAUAGGUUUGCUAUGGGGAUUUGCUUCUACUUUGGACAGUUCCUGAGACACGUGUCAUCAGAGAGCACUUAGACAGAAAAGAACAACUCAAUUUCAGCACCUCAUAAGUACUGAAAGGAUUAAGAUUUUUUAAUAGAAGUAAUUUACAAAUCUGUUUAACUUUCUGGAGCCAGUUGAUAUAUAUAAAAAAAAUGUUUUUCCUGGAUAACCCCUUUAAAGCAAAUUUGUAGCCAGACAUCUUGGGCUUUAUAUUUCCUGUAAAUACCCUGCUAAAGCAGUGUGGCUUGUUUCUUUGGCAUUAAAUGCAUCCCACUGGCAACUGUCUUUGCCCUCUUCACUUUGGUGCCAAUUUUUCUUAAAAUCAGCCACUGUCAACAUGUGUGCACAUAGCCUUUUGCUCAUGAAGAAUAAGUUUGAUAAUAUAGGCAAUAUAAAGGUUCUGAAAACUAGUUUUUUGGAUACAUCUAGGAGUCAGUUUUUCUAUUUAUAUUUUUGAAUGUAUGCAUGCAAAGAGGAAUUAGAGUCUAUAGUAUAUGUGUGUAUAUAUAUAUAUAUAUAUAUAUAUAUAUAUAUAUAUAUAUACAUGCAUAUAUAUAAAAUAUAUAUAAAAUAUAAAUACAUGUUGAAAUUGGGCGGGUCAGUGUUUAAUAAUUUUUUUUCAACUUGUGUAUGUCUGGGUGAUGUCUCGUAAACUGCUAAAUGUUAAUGGACCUUUAUCCAUGCAAUAGAUUAUGGCCUUUUCCCUGGCCCAAGGAUGAAUCCUUCUUGUGUCUUGUGCUGUCUGUAUAAGAAUUUCUGCUAUGAUAUAAAAGCCAUAAUUUAAGAGAAGUGUACCUUGGGAAGGGGUACAUUCAGAAUAAAUAUGCAUGUUUAUUGUCUUUGUCUCAGUGUUUUCUGAAAAUGGAGGAGGUGAUAUUAUUGGAAGGUAUCUUAUGGGCUAUGCUUUCCUGUUCACCUCAAAAUGUUUAAUGUUUGUGUAAAAAUAUUGUUUUGUCUUUGUUAUUUUGUAAGAUGUCAACUUAAUAAAGAACUAUUUAAACAAA